AUAAUCAGAUUGAGAGCUAAUUCAGCUACAGUGCUAGCUAGCUGCUUGUACACUUCCGGUUAUCUCUUCUUCUUCUUCUUCUUCUUUGGGGUUUUACGGCACUUCCGGUUGUCUCAUCAUUAGCUGCCCCCCUGCGGCAUGGGUCCCUUCCUCCAAAGACACAGAAGGUGCUGAGCAGUGUCACCAGGGUCAAAAUGUUCCAUGAAUAUUUCAGAAGGUGGCUGAUGUCAACAGCAGCCAUAAGGCGCCUAUAAAGAGCAGGUCCCUGUACAGGAGAUCCUCCAAACGUCUAAGGAACAUCCACAGACUUUCCUCCACCUGCUAAAGAGAAGGACUGCUCCUGUUUGUGUCUUCAGCACCAUGGUCAGCGCUCGAGCUCUCCUCCUCGUGGUCACCUGCUGCUGCGCCUACCUGUGGUUCGCUCGUGCAGAGGAGUCCUCACUGGAGACGCGCUCGCUGGAUUUCUCCAUGAAAUCCCAACAGGAGAAAGACCUGAUUGACGCUUUGCAAGAAGUUUUGGUGAAGCUGAGGAGCAAAGAGAUGCCCUUGGAGAAAAAGCUCGGCUGGCUGCCUUCGUGUGACGCUGGAGAGCCGUGCGCAGUGCGUAAAGGCGCGCGCAUCGGCACGCUGUGCAGCUGUCCUCGAGGCACUUCCUGUAACUUUUAUGUUCUCAAAUGUUUGUGAAGGAAAAAAUAGUGUGAAGGAGAAAAAUAAAUGUAAUAUGUGAUUAAUAAA